GUAAUGAUCUUUUCAGCCAAAGUGAAGCCCUGCACUUUAGCCACAACGGGGAGCCACAGAGGGCAGCUCCGAGCCUCAUCAGGACUCCGGCUUUCGUCAACGUCCACUACUUUCCUUAUUCUCUGCACUCACUUUUCUCUCUUUACUAUUUUCAGAGCAAAAUAGGGGUCAUGACCUCUUCAGCUAUGAUAUUUAGUUACUUCCAUUAUGGUCUGAGGGGAAAAAACUAACCUGCACUCAGAUCCAGAGAAUAUAGAUUGUUCAUAAGAACCUUUCAUUGAUACACUGAGACAAUGGCUAUAUCAGCUGGCAACUGGACCCCAGAGUAGGAGAAGGAGUAGGAGGGCCUGCACAGUGACAGUUUGAGUAGUGGUCGAAACCUCAGCUGGGUCCCUUUUGUACCAGAACGAAACAAAGAAAUUGAAAGUCCCACCGGUUCUGCAGUUGCUAUUGUUUUGAAAUAAUUGAAGUGUCAAGCAGUUCUGCGCAGAAGAAAGAAUUAGGGUUGGCAGUGACAAACCUACAAAGAACUGUAUCCUGGGAGUUCAUGAAGAAGUUGACCUUUUCGCCAUUUUGGUGGCUGUUGCCUGCAGCUUUUUGGACCAUUCAUCACUGUUCUAAUCUUCAGAAAUCCCCACGUGCAUCAAACAGCAAACAAGUUCUGACAAACAAUCUAGCACGAUAUAUACAAAUCUCCAAAGGCAGAUGGAAGAAAAACUAAAAACUUGGCAUUAAAAAUAAAACCUUCACUUGAAAAAAAAACACCUUACCAAACCAAAAUGACUCCAUCCGUGUGUCCUUGGAGACACAUGACACAUGAAUCAGGACAGACUGAUCAUGUGCAAAAGGCUCGUGGUUCAGAUGUCCUGUCAUAACAUGUCUGUGCAUGCGUAAGCGUGCGCGCUGCCCAUGUCUGCGCCCUCGCCUGCGUCUUGCAGCUCAUUUGGUUUGAUCGAGGCUGCGCUCUUGCAGAAGAGAGAGGCGCAGGACAGGCGGCGGACUCUCUGCCGCUCGCUGACACACUCCAUCGCGGUGCUCUCGCAGUCACGCUGCCCCGGUCGGGGAUUUCUUCCGUCCUCAAAGAGGCAUGCGCAUCUGGAUCAGAGUUUCCCGGGGACAGUUACGCAUCGCAGCGCUGCGAAAUCCUCUCCGCGUCCUCCCGCCCUCACAGAGGAAUAUAACACAACAGCCUAAAGACAGUUGGGGUAUAUAUUUUGGAGAGAAUGGCGGGCGCAAAGCGCCUUUUGAAAACGCCGAGUAACUUCCAGUCGUCUGCCAUGUUUGAAGCUGCAGAGUCUGCAGAGGUGGAGGGACGCAGCACCGACAGCACCCUGGCCUCAUCCAUCAGCGCCUGUAAGAAGGUUCUGUGCAGCAACAGCGUGCUGGACUCGCCCGAGUACUGGCUGAGGAACGAGAAAGCCCUGUGCAGACUUGGCCUGCUGGAUAACGAUGUGGAGGGCAGCUGCACCAUGAUCUGUUUUGUGACUUUGGACUCUCAGAAAACGGACUGUCGGGAUGAGAAAAGCAUGAAGAAAUUGGCAUCAAUGUCUCCAGACUUGCCAAAGCUCGUUGAAUUGCUGACUCUCCAUCAGCCAAAAGAAAAUGAAAUUUUACUGCUCGGGGGCCUAGAAGCUCCAGACUGCAGCCAAACACACCCACAGUCUCCCCCGCAGGGUGGGCAGCAGAGGAGCACAGGCGUGUGCUUGCUUCAGUGUUCGGGGAAGAUGCGCCUGGCGCCCCCUGCCAGCAUCAUCUCUGAGCUCAACAAGGUCCUUAUGGGCAUGCAGUGGGGGAGGGAGCAACAGUUUUAUCCUGGUCGUGGCGUCGGACAGAGAGUUGAUGAUGACACCAACCGCUCCAUCUCAUCAAUUGAAGAGGACUUCCUGACGGCCUCAGAGCACCUUGGGGACGACAGUGAGGAUGAUGGCUUAAGAAACGAACCAGACAGCAGAGAACUUACAGAGAGCUCAGCUGAGUCUACACAGAAGACCUGUGUCAGACCCACACCUCACAGGGUGCCGCUGGCCACUGAUCAGAACCAGGAGGAAGGUUGUCCACCAGCCAGCAUCCACACUGAGGAAUCAGCUGGUCACUAUGCCACAAAUCUGGCUGAGUCAGUACUGCAAGACGCCUUCAUACGGCUCUCUCAGGAUGAGGCCUCCUUUGUCUCCGAAGCUGCUGUCAGUGUGUCCUUUUCUACUUGUCCAUCCAGCCGGCCCCAUCCCUACAUGACCAAAAAGCCGUCACAGCAACGCACGUGCUCCUUCGACCUCCCCAAAAUUGUCAUAGUUCAGAGUCCAGACAGUUCUGAAGGGGCUUCUGAAUGGCCAGAAACACAAGUUUCUAAUGUACAGCACCAGGAUGGUUCUGCAAAAACUGCAGAAAUGUCUCAGAAGGAGAUCCAGUCCCAUGUUCAUACCCAAAAUGGAGGACACAAACGUGUGGAGGUGGCUUUGGCCAGUGCUGCUAGCGUUAUUGGUACUAUUACAAACCCACAGCUGACUGAAAAACUGUCCCUUGAAUCUGCGUCAGAAGAAAACACAGAGGAGGGCAUGGGGGGCGCCACAGUGCGAGGAGACUACAGUGUCUCAUCAGCCAUGUGUGGCAUGGCUCAGGUGGCUGGGGCAGUGGCAGCUGUGGAGCUAACGGAGAAGGCAGAGGAGUGCGGUAAUGUAGACUCCACUGAGGUCCACACAGCUUUGCAGGGUCUGAUGUCCGUUGCGAAGGCCUCCACAGCCUUACCACUACACUGCAACGUGGCAGAGGGCACAAGCGUGGAAGCGUUUCGGGCCAACAUUGCUGAAGUGUUGCACAGGGAAGCAGCUGAAGUACUGACUCAACCACAAGGGUACAGAAGUGUGGCACACCUGCUGGAGACCACUCAUAACAAGAUAGUGGAUGGCAUUACAUGUCCGAGGAAAUACUGCCUGGAUGAAAGCGAGGUGGAUGAUGUAAUAAAUGAGGUGGCAGACAGCCUGUUCAAGCAUGCUUUAGAGAAGGCAAAAAAGAAAAAAGAACUGGAAGGAGCUGGAGGAGAGGUUCACAACCUUCAGGUUUUUCUGCAGGACAGUAUAAACACCCUGCUCUUUGAUAUUCUCUGCCUGACACAAAAGAAAAUCAGCCAUGUGUCCAGAUGUGGCCAAGAGUCUGAGGAAACACAAGAGGGAGACGCUUGUGUGGAUGAGCCAGCGACUUCAAAGGAAAGCAAGAGUCGACUGGGUCAGUUACAGCAGUUAGGUUCCCUCGGUCUCCACGUUAGUGGUGAGAGCCUGAUCAGUGCUGAAAAGCCUCAUGUGCUGCAGAGCCUUAAGGAUAAUCAAAUGCUGCAGAAUGUUUCUGUUCAGUUCAAGGAGAAGCAGCCCCAGUUGUCAUGCAGACAGAGUCUGUGUCAACUCAAAGACUUUUCUGACAAGCAGCAAAGCAUUGGUGCUGUCAAAGAAACAUUAAGUGAAAUCCCAGUGAACAGCAUAGAAAGGAGGAGUCGACAGACUUCCUUAACCACACAGUCUUCUCUGAACUCAUGUAGUUCUCUGUUUACGAUGAGGGCGGAUUUUGAAUCCAGAACCCCCAUUUCUUGCUACGCUGAGGAUCUGGCUUCCACUGUGGUCUCUAUGGCCACAGAACUGGCAGCAAUCUGCCUGGAGAACUCCACUGGGAAGCAGCCAUGGUUCUGUGCUCUCAAGGGGACGUGCCCUGAAUGCCCAGAGGCCUACUUGAUGCCAGCUUGCCGCACAAUGCUCCGGAGAAAGGAAGGCCAAGGUGCCAAUGUGGCGUCUAGAAAACACAGAGCGCCGCGACUCAGUGAGAUUAAGAAGAAAACCGAGGAGCAACCUGAGCUGAUGGAGCGGCUGGUGAACCGGGUGGUGGAUGAGUCCAUCAAUCCUGAUGAACCGCAGGAUCCUUUUGCUCUCUUUGCAUCUGAAGUCACAGCCAGGAUCAUGAACUGCCCUGAACUCAAUGUGGUGGACACCUCCAAAACAGGCCAGCAGCGCAGCAGGCUGCAGUGCGAAAGGUGGAGCCGGGGGAAAGCAUCUAGUUACGAAAGCAUUCCAGAGGAAGAGGCUGAUCCUGCAGGAACAUCCAACACCUUGGGUCCUGGUUGUCGGUUAGGUCAGAAUUUGAGCCGAGGUAGCUCAAUCUCAAAGCAGUCAAGCUGUGAGAGCAUCACAGACGAGUUCUCUCGGUUCAUGGUAAACCAGAUGGAGACCGAAGGCAGAGAGUUUGAUCUUCUCCUAGACUACUAUGCUGGGAAAAAUGCAAGCAGCAUUCUGGCUGCAGCCGUGCAGCAAGCAGCAACAAAGAAAAACGGUCACCUCAACGUCAGAGCCUCAUCCUGUUUAUCGAAGCAGUCCAGCACUGAAAGCAUCACGGAGGAGUUCUACAGAUUUAUGCUUCGUGAUAUGGACAAGGAGAACAAAGAAUGUGGUAUUGCCAAGACGAAAGAGUGGAACAACAGCCUUUUCCCCCCAUCUCCCAGGACACCCUUCUGUAUACGACAGUCCUCUGUCCCUGAUCGGCGCUCCUCAGACUCACGACUGACUGUAAACUCGCCCAUUAAAGCCAACUCUUUUGAUGGAUUUGCCCGCAAUGUGCAUGGAGACACUCUAAAUAUCUACCCCUCCUGCUCGGUGUCAGCUGCAGGGCUCUGUAAGUCAGACUCCUGCCUCUAUCAGAGGGGUAAGACGGACCAAAUGACAGACAUGCUGAUCCACGAGACUUGGUCGAGCUCCAUUGAGUCGUUAAUGAGGAAAAACAAGAUCAUUGCUGAUCCAGAAGAUAGCAUCGAGUCAGAAGCCUCAGGAGAAUCCCAGAUCCAUGUGCAGCAAUUUGCCAAUCGACUGGCAGCUGACAUCGUAGACAGUGGCAAGUCUGCACUUGGUGGCCAACAAGACGCAAAUGCAGGAAUAUCUACAUCACAUCCACUUAUGCCCACUUCAGUUGGUGAGAGGAGACGGGGCUUCAAGCAGUCGCAUCUUUCUUGCAGUCGAAAUAGGUCUAGCCAGGAGUACCCUGGCAGUAGAGUAGGCUCUGGGUCCGGGGACUGCAGUGUACCGUUCAUGAAGAGCCCAAGGGAGGUGCCUCUAAUCCACAUAGAGGGAGAUCAGAGGGUUGAAGAGAGUUUAUCCAAUUCUGAAAAAACAGGAGGAGAAGCUCAGGAAGCAUCCACGGACAUCUUGCAUUUGGAAAAGCCCACUGCCAUCUGCAACAGCAGUGAGAGGGACAGGCCAGCUGUGGCGGUGGCUGCAGCAGUGAAGAGGGACAAGCGUUCAAUGAGUGCUAGCAGUGAGGAGAGCAUGGGGAGCUGGUCUCAUAUGACCCCCGAAGAUGACCCCCACGAGGAAACCAGUAGUUUUAUCCAGCUGAGUGAGGGGAACGGGACCAGCAGCACCUCCAGCCUCGGUGGGACUGAUCUGGAAGCUUUCACUGAUGUGCCAACCCAGAGCACAGUCAUCAGUGAGGUAACAGAGAGAGCCCACCCACCUGGAUCCAAGGAGAAGGUUUUUGAGAUCAGUUCAGCAAGUGCCGCCAGCAUCAGCAGCAACCUCCGGGAGCUUUUAUUGGUCAACUGUGACCUUGAGCAGGAGAGUGUGGACUCAGAACUCAGAAUGACCCUGCAGUGGAUCGCUGCCUCUGAGUUGGGCCUCUCUGUUGUCUACUUCAGGAAGUCCCAGGAGGUCAAUUUCUCAAAGUUCCAGAGGUUGGUCCACUUGAUGUCUCAGAAGGCGUGGCAAAUUGCAGAUUUGUUUGGCGCUGUUGUUCAGUUCUGUAACUUGCACAGUAACAAGGAGGAGGCGGAGCAAUCUGUCCACGCAAGCCUGUUUGACUGGCUCCUGGAGACCCUUUAGAGCCAUUCAACCUCUUUUGAUUGCAAAGAAAGCCACACGUGCUGAUGUACUCCCAUAUUUCUUACAAGCUCUUUGCUGUUUGUCUCAUGUAUCGUCAUUACACUGUGUGUCUCCAAGCUGAAAGCACAACAUAGUCAUAUGACUUGAGAAAUUCAUACAUAUCACAUGGGUUGGGGAAGUCAGAGCUCUUUGUGGAGCUCAGACUGGAUGGAUCUCUGGUCAGAGAAAGCAUGUUUGAAUGUAUUUGCUUGUCAUUCCAGAUCAGAAAAAAUGGUCACAGUUAGCUUUUCAAACAAGAGCCAUUGAGGUUAAAAAAAGUAAAGUAAAGAAUCUGUUCCACAAUGUUAAGUAUUAACAGCUGUCUGAUAGCUGUAGCUCAGAAGAGAGCUCCAAAAAUGUCUGAUCACUUUGUUCUUUCCAUUAAAAAAUGUGUCCAUAUCUUUGUGUUCACUGACCAUUAUACCACCUCUUCCGUGGCUUAACAUUGAAAUAUGUGUGUGACUCUUGUUUAUUAAGAAUAAAUUAUUUUGCAUAGCUGUACUGUAAAUAGUGUAGAUUUGGAACUGCUGCACCUUGAAAUAGUGAACUGCUCUCUUUAGCUUUUAUUAUGUCCAAAAACAGAGUAAGGUUUGUAACGUUGAAUUUGUAAGUGGAUUUGUUCUGUCUAUUUCUCUACUUAGUGGUAAUCUAGUGUUUCAUCUGCAUUGGUGGGGAAAAAAGCACACAAUUCAACUGUAAACUGUGUCACAGUAGAACUGAAUGUAUUUAUCUUUUGACAUCAAUAAAUUUAUGUGAUGUGAAGCUCAAA